CGUCCAUCUCGUACAUCUCGUUCAUCAUCGCUCCAUCUCAUCGCUCUCGACGCUCUCCAUCUCCAUCCACUCCAUCAAGCAUCCCUCACCACAAUGGAGUCUAUCCUCGGCGGCCGCUCCCGGCCAAACACCCUCGACAUCGACCCCGACCUCACACUCGACAGGCGGAAGCGGCGGCGCGUGGCCUCUCGCGUUCCGCUCCCCACGCCAACACACUCUGCGCCGUCCAACUCGGCGCCAUCGGCCUCGACAUCGCCCGCCGUAACAUUCACCGCACUCCCCGACCUCCCCACGCCGCCAGCUGCUUCUCCCGCGCACACCGAUCCCCUGCCACCCUCGGACCAGCCAGCGCCCUCCGACCCCACCCCAACACUCCCACACGCCGUGCUCGCCGCCGGCCAAAUUCGCCUCUUAUCCCCACACGACCUCGUGACGGACACGCUAGGCGCGUACGCAUCCCUGCGCAGCGCUAUCGCGGCCGCGACGCCCCACCCAGGCGGCCUGCACGCACUGCAAGCGGUGCUCGCCGCGGGUCCGAUCGCUGGCGAACGAAACUUUACUGUGUCGAGGGAAGCGCUUGCGGCACUCAACCUCCCCCUGGCGCCGGCGACGGUCGCCGUCGCGCUCGGGCUCCCGCGCGCCGGCACCGCCGGCACCGGCCGCCGCAUGGCGCUCCCCUUCUUCUUUGCGUCCGAUAACCUCGUCGCCCUCUUCACGGCGAUGCGCGCGGGCCUCGGCGCGCUCGGCGGCCUCGUAGAGGCCGCGCAGCUUGCGCGCACCCGUGCAUGGCUGCGCGGCCGCUCCGUCCCGGCUCCCCCGACGAGCGGGAUGAGCGCGUACGGCCUGGUGCUGGGCGAGACGGCCGAGUUGUGGGUCAUGACGCGGGGACCGUAUUUCGUCGCGCGCGCGUGGGCAGGCAAGCUCGGCACGCCCGAGUUCGCAGGCGUGCUCGCGAGCGUCCUCGGCGCCCGCGAGCGCGCCGCUGCCGUCGCGCAGUGUCUGCAUACCAUCAAGGCUGGGCGGGAGGCGCUCGCGAGCGCGGACCGCGCCGACCGCGCCGACCCGAACGCAUUCGACACGUGGGCCGGCAACGGCGGCGACACGCCCGCGCGCACGUUUGAGCGCGGCCUCGCGGCCGUCGGGUAUGCCGAUGGCGGCGCACGCGUCGUCGCAUGGGUCAGGGCGCAGGAUGUUGCGAGCUACGUGGCUGUCGAGUAGGGAGUGGGAGGAGGACUUGCAUCACUUCAUCAUUGUACUAUUAUGCAUCUAUCAUCGGGU